AAAGUUUAUUUCAACUCGACUAAGAUGAAUGACUUCUCUUUCAAGGACUUCUUUAACAAAGCCAAAGUCAGAGAUGACUCCAGAGGAAUUGGCAAAACGAGAAGAAGAGGAAUUCAACACAGGACCGCUUUCUGUAUUAACGCAGUCUGUGAAAAACAAUACUCAAGUUUUGAUUAAUUGUAGAAAUAAUAAAAAGUUACUGGGACGUGUCAAAGCUUUUGACAGGCAUUGUAAUAUGGUCUUGGAAAAUGUGAAAGAAAUGUGGACAGAGCUUCCAAGAACUGGCAAAGGAAAAAAGAAAGCCAAACCAGUGAACAAAGACAGAUUUAUUUCUAAAAUGUUCUUACGAGGCGAUUCAGUGAUUUUGGUCGUACGAAAUCCAUUGGCUACAGCUUCAGGGAAAUAAUGGGAAAAUCACAAAUAUUAACUAAUAAAUAAAUAGUAAUAAGUUAAAAUCUUUUAAUAA